AAAAUGAACAAAGAAAUGCUUUUUUGGACGGUGUAACCAAAAUAAUAUGAAGUAGAUGUCCCAGAUGUGGACAGAAAAAGAAUAAUAACGGGAGGUAGGUAUUUGUUUUAUAAUCAUCGGUGUAUAAUCAGUUUACCGACUCAAUACCCAAUUUUAAAUUAUGUAUUUGCAUAGUGCGACCGUAUGUCCAUUGAAAGCGUUUUCGUGCAGUUACACGCUCUUGCGAAACGCUACAGAUCCCAUAUCAGGAGUAUCUCGCGUACGAUCUCGUCGCCGCUUAAAUACGCCUGUAGUGGACAAGGCGUAUUAUUACAUGGGAAUCUUGGGAUUGAUAGCGCAUCGCAGCUAAUUGAAGCUCGUUUCGCGUAAGCGCGAAUCCGCUCGAAAACGCUUCAAGUGGACACCCGUCCUUAUUCUAUUUGUAUAUCAUGAUGUUCUUAUGAUACAGUUUGAAAAAAUCAUUAUCUAUUCUUCUUGUUGGAAAUAUAAUAUAAAACGGAAUUAUAUUUUAAUCAUUUCAGAUUAUAAUUUGGCAAACCAGUAGGUACAUGCAAAAAGCAAUUAAAAGUAGAAUUACGAAAGUAGUUCUACCAAACAGGGAUAUUGGGCAUGCCAGUUCGAGUUCCUUAAAUAGUUUGCAGGUUUCGGAGAACGAGAUUGGCUUUCACUGGACAAGUGAACUUGUUCUAUUGUUAAUCCGCCUUGUGAAAAAAUAUAACGAUGAGUUUGACCAAGGAUUGAAAAAAAAAGUUUGGAUGAAGAUAGCUUGCGAGAUGACGCAAGUUAUUGGUAAAGCAAUGAGCUACGAACAAGUAGAUUCGAAGUGGAAGGGUUUAAAAAAAACCUACAAAAAAAUAAAAGACCAUAACAAUCAACGUGGCAACUCUUUAAAAAGGUGGGAAUUUUUCCAUGCCAUGGACUCAUUUCUGGCCAAAAAGCCAGAUAUACAACCAAUAGCAGUAGCAUCGAGUACAUUAGAAAAAGUUGGGAAAGCUUCAGGUACUGAAUCCACCAACAAUCUGCCAAGCACAUCUAGAAAAAGGAAAUCAGAUAACAUGGUGCAAAAAAGGCAUGAUGAGAAAAUGGCAAAAAUGGACAAAUUUUUAAAACUUUUUCAAAUAUCGGUGGAACAUACUAUAGGCAAAAAACUAGAUAAUAUAUAA